AUGGUUGCUCGCGUCUCCUCUCCGAGGCUGAAAUGGGGUGAAGUGCGCGCCGGCCAUGCUCACGCUUGCCCGCAUUGCAGCAUCCCUCUUUUGACUGGGGAGUCUCCUGGCUUUUGCUGUGGCAAGCUAGGUUGUCGCGUUAAUGACGUUGCACCCCUUCCUCCUCUCCCCCCGGAAUACGAUGUGUUUAUCAACGAUCCCAAUAUCUCGCGCAACUCCCGUAUAUUGAAUUUGAUAUUCUCUUUUGCUGCGUUAGAAAGCACACACACUUUUCCUCAUUUCGGUUCUGGUCCUCCUGCUUUUGUCGCUAUUCAGGGUCGUGUAUACCAUCGC